GUGAACGCGCAUGUUGCUGCUAUUUCAUCAUGAAGUCUAAAGAGAAUAGGGCAUCGGCUUUUGUUACCAGGAAGUGGCUCGCGUAAUUUAUAUUUAAACACUUGCGAGUCCGGAGUGAGGGUGCGCGCUGGUAAUACGAAACUUCUGAUAUCAUUCUGUUCUUUAUGCGAUUUGCCGGGAUUGGGGAGCGUGCCCUGAAGUGAUGUUUUGCCACUAAGGUUGUAUGCGAUCAACGAUAAAUCAACGGAAAGACAUUGGCAAAACUCGCUCGCUCUGUGCUCGCGCCAGGACACGGCUGCACGCCAGGUGGCGUUGUGAUGAAGAUCCAUGAAAAGAUUCUAACCCACUACCUGUCCUGCCCUUCACCUGUAGAUAAAGAGGGAUACCUCUACAAAAAGAGAGAGAGGAACACCACAUACCUGCGCCGCUGGUUUGUGUUGAAGGGGAAUCUGCUGUUUUAUCAGGAGCGUCCAGGCGAUCGUAACCUGUUGGGAGUGAUUGUUCUGGAGGGUUGCCUGGUGCAGGCGUGUGAGACAGAUGGUCAGUUCUGUUUCUCUUUGGUGUUCAAUGGACCAGGCCUCCGCACGUAUAGACUAGCCGCUGAUGACCAUCUCAGCCAGGAGAGCUGGAUCGGUGCACUGUUCUGCGCCAGUCACAUCUACCUUUCCAUGAUCGUCAGAGACCUGGAGAGACGCUACGAAGAAGCUAGAAGAGACAAACGUCUUUGUGAUUCCAUCCAGACCUCUGAAGUGACUUCUACACCCAAUAAUAUAAUGGCUGCCUGGAACCCAGGACAACCCUAUUUCAUACAUGGGACUUCCAUAGUGCCCAGAGAUGGGCGGAGCUACAGCACCAGUUCUGUACCACCUCCGUCUAUGCCAAACAUUCCCACCAGCUCUAGUCUUCAUGCCCCUCCUAUUCAAUUCAAGACUACCAGUAAGCGAUCUCCAAAGCUCUGGCCCAAGAGAAAUGCUCAUGUCACACCCUUAAAUGGUCCGGCACCAUCUUAUGGGGAGUGGCCUGUUGUGGGCUUUGAUCCUUUGGAGGAGUUUAGUAAACUGCAUGAGCACUAUGGAAAUGAGAUUAAGCAACUAAGAGCUGAUUGGCUGAAGAAGAAGCGUGAGGAAGUGGGAUACGUUGAGGAAGACCUCAUUGACCUUGGCUAGAGUAGUAUCUUUACCUAUCGCAUAUAUGCAUUAGUUCAUAUUGUCGUCUUAAUAGUAAAUCUUGUCCUAAAACAGCAGACUGGUGAAUGUAUUAAGGAUGCAGUAAAUGUAAUACUGCAGUAGUAGAAUCCUGCUGUCUUUUUAUUUUAUGAAGGUAUGCAGAUUAGCACUGUCUGACACUGAUCUUGUGCAUUUCUCAUUUCCUCUCUGUGGUCUCUCAGCCUAGUUCCUUCUAGCUUGAACUGUUAUAAAAGAGACCCAAACCACCA